CGCCGCCGGCACGUCUAAAGGGACGCCGUGGGUGUGGUUUGUCACGUAACCAAUGAAGGCGUGUAAAUAGGUUGUGUGUGGUGAUCCCAGGAAGGGUAAUGGAGCCGGCUGUGUGGAAACGUUUGCUGUCCUCAGUAAUUCUGGGCUUUGUAUUGUAUCGAUCGGACGUGACCGCACUGAAGAAUGGCCUGGCCCUCACCCCUCCGAUGGGCUGGCUGCACUGGCAGAGGUUCCUGUGUCAGACCGACUGCAAAAACUACCCAACUUCUUGUAUCAAUGACCAGCUCUUCAUGCAGAUGGCGGACAUCAUGGUGUCCAAUGGAUGGCUGAAAGCGGGAUAUAAGUAUCUGUGCAUCGAUGAUUGCUGGCUGGCUCCUCAUAGAGACAAGAACAACAGGCUACAGGCUGACCCAGACCGCUUCCCGGGAGGCAUGAAGAAACUGAUCGAUUAUGUACAUGACCGCGGCCUGCUUUUUGGGAUCUAUCAAGACGUGGGCAACAAAACCUGCGCCGGAUUUCCAGGAAGUCGGGAUUUUUACGAGUUGGAUGCACAGACGUUUGCGGACUGGGGGGUGGACCUACUCAAAUUUGAUGGAUGUUAUUAUGACACUCUGGAAGCUCUAAAAGAAGGUUACCGUCGUAUGGCUAUGGCAUUGAACCGUACUGGAAGAGAUAUCGUAUAUUCCUGUGAAUGGCCGCUGUAUGCCCGUCAAAUAGAACAAGUUAACUAUACGGAGGUUGCUGAAUACUGCAACUCUUGGAGAAAUUUUGGCGAUAUUGAUGACUCGUGGGCAAGUGUGAAGACUAUAGUGGAUAUAACUGCUGCUCUCCAAGAAGAGCUGGUCCCUGCAGCAGGUCCGGGAGCUUGGAACGACCCAGACAUGCUCGUGAUCGGUAACUUCGGAUUGAGUUUUGAUCAGCAGGUCACACAAAUGGCUCUUUGGGCAAUCAUGGCGGCACCUUUGUUGAUGUCUAAUGACUUGCGGGAAAUAAGUAAAGAGUCGACGGCUCUCCUUCAGAACCAAGAGGUCAUCGCCAUCAACCAAGAUCCUCUAGGGACACAAGGAUACAGGUUACUCAAGGUGAACGGCUUUGACAUGUGGGAGAAGCCCCUCGCUAGCGGAGCUUUGGCAAUCUCGGUGACAAACCGGCAAGAAAUAGGCGGCCCUCGUUACUUCCUGUUGUCCCGAGCAAUGGUGUGGGACGGACUUGCCUGCGACACUUGCUACGUGACGCAGCUUCUCCCGACGCGCUACGAAUACGGAUACUUCAAUGCCUCCCAAGUCUUGAAAGUGCCGGUGAAUCCAUCGGGAACCGUGCUGCUGAGGCUGGAGUAAGAACAGCCAGGAUGUUUUCGGCGUUGCAGCUCUUUUUUUCUAUCUAAAGUAGCCACAGCCUGAGUAGAAAAGCCUGUUACAUGCCAGCUGUAGAGAAGUACCUUUGCCCUCUGUGGGGUAAACGGUGGAAUCUUUGUAGGGGUGUCGGCGCCUCUGCAAUCAGCAGGAAGCAUGACCUCUGUUGAUUGCAAGGCUUCAGGCUCAACUCAGAGCAGUGGCGUAGCGUGGGGGGUGCCAGGGGGGGGGCACCGCCCCGGGGCGCAAAAUUUAGAGGGGCGCUGUCACAAGUG